AUGUUCGCCCCUCGUCUUUUCCGACCGGUGCCUGCGCUGGUUCGCCCCUUCAGCUCCUCUCCCGCUUCCUAUCGUGCUCCCUCCAUUCGCGACAUCACCCCCGCCGGUGCCGCUGAGUUUAAUGCCCGUCAGAAGGAGUUCCGCGAGAACCUGGAGGCGGCUCGCAAGAAGAAAGAACAGGAAGAGAGUCAGUCCGUCAAUGCUUCUGCUUCUGCUUCUACCUCAUCAUCCCCUGUGUCCCGUGAUCGCUUCCGUGAGUACGCUACCGCUCCCACUGCUCCCCGCGAGAGCAAUGCGAGCAGUACCGGCCCCGCUGUCUUUGACGCCGCCGAAAUCCUUGAUAAGAAGGCCUUGGGCUCACUAUCUACCCACCGUUUUCUAGGAGACGAACAGUUGCACGAAGCCAACCAGUCUCCCAAGCGUGGCCCCCUGUCCUCCCUGAUCUACGGCACCAAGGAAGGCCAGCAGCUUGAUAAGGACAUCGAACGCUCCUUUUCCCAGGUCCUCGCCCGCGGCAAAUACGUCCAUUCCAUCGUCUUCCACGAGGUUAAGCCCGACAAAGUCGAUGAGUAUGUCGACCUCGUGGGACAGUGGUACCCACGCAUGGCGCAGACCGAAGAGAACCGCGUGAACCUGGUCGGCAGUUGGCGCACCCAAGUAGGCGAUAACGAUACUUUCGUUCACAUCUGGGAGUACCAGCGGUAUGAGGGCUACCAUGACUCUCUGCACAACAUCUCGUGCCACCCGGAAUGGCCCGCGUUCGAUAAGAAACUGAAGAGCUUGAUCAAGAGCAAGAAGACGUCGCUCAUGCAGGAAUUCUCGUUCUGGCCCACGACGCCGCCCCGCCGACUGGGGGGCUUGUUCGAACUGCGAUCAUACACCCUCCACCCGGGCAAUCUGCUCGAGUGGGAAACGCACUGGCGCCGCGGCCUCAAGGCGCGCCGCGAGGUGAUGGAAGGGGUCGGUGCAUGGUUCGUGCAAAUCGGAGACUUGAACACGGUGCAUCAUCUGUGGCAAUUUGCGAACCUGGAGGAGCGCAAGAUUCGCCGGGAGCAGUCGUGGGGCAUUGAAGGAUGGGCGGAGACGGUCCACAAGACCGUGCCGCUCAUCCAGACGAUGCAGAGUCGGAUUCUGAUCCCCAUGCCCUGGAGCCCAGUGGGUUAA